ACGCUCAUUCUCCCGCCGCCCCAAAAGCUCGUAGCGGGGAAACUCCCACCACCACGCCUUCCUCCCGCUCUCCUGCCAGCGUUAUUUUUUCGGCUGUAUAACACCAAAAGAAGGAUACAGAAGAAGAAAAACAAAAAAAGCUUACAUGUUCGUUCAAGUCAAUGCAGAACAGCCUUCGUGAAGGAAUAAUGUACGCAAGCACCGAGAAAAAGAAAAGAAAUUACCGCAUGGGUCUUACUUUUUCGUAACACAACGUAUGAGCAAUUUCUUCAACACAUUCUCGGGUACCAUCAUGUACAGCUCGAUCUACAACACCUGGAACAACACCUGUCACAAUGCCAGCUACAACACCAGGAACAACACCUGCAACAACUCCGGGGACGACACCAGGUACUACACCAGGAACAACACUGGGAACAACGCCAGCUACAACACCAGGAACAACGCCAGGAACAACAUCCGGAACAACUCAAGGAACCACACCAGGUACUACACCAGGAACAUCGCCUGGAACAACAGCCGGAACAACCCCUGGAACGACACCUGGAAUAACACCUGAAACAACACCUGGAACAACUCCGGGAACCACACCAGAUGUUGUGAUUUUUAUGGUCAUCACCUUCAACAACACAUACCAGAUUGAUCUCGCAAACUCAUCGUCUUCUGCGUUCAUCAAUUUGGCCAAUGCUCUGUGCGACAGCUUGAUCGAUUAUUUCCAGAGCCUGACGAAUGGCGUUAUCAUAUGCGAAGUAUUACGGUUCACAAGUAGCAGUAUAGUGGCAGAAGUUAACUUGACCUUCCCUGCUAACAGCGCCUCCCAGGCACAGAACAUCAUGACUAAUGUCGGAAACGUUACCGCGAUGGAUAUAGGAAACAUUAUAGUCAACAAUGAAACAUACUUCACAAUCGCCGUCAGCUCAAAUGUUGAGCCUACUACCAUGCAAACAGAGACAACAACAGGAACAACACUGGGGACAACCCUGGGAACAACACCAGGAACAACGCCAGGAACGACACCCAGAACAACACCUGUGACUUUGCCAGAUACAACACCUGGAACAACACCUGGAACAACACCAGGCACAACACCAGAUGUUUUGAUUUCUAUUGACAUCACCUUCAAUAACACAUACCAGAUUGAUCUCGCGAACUCAUCGUCUUCUGCGUUCAUCAAUUUGGCCAAUGCUCUGUGCAACCGCUUGAUCGAGUAUUUCGAGAGCCUGACGAAUGGUGAUAUCACAUGCGAAGUAUUACGGUUCACAAACGGUAGUAUAGUGGCAGAUGUUAACUUGAUCUUCCCUGCUAAUGACGCCUCCCAGGCACAGAACAUCAUGAAUAAUGUCGGAAUGGUUACCGCGAUGGAUUUAGGAAACAUUAUAGUCAACAAUGAAACAUUCUACUUCCCAAUCGCCGUCAGCUCAAAUGUUGAGCUUACUACCAUGCAAACAGAGACAACAACAGGAACAACACUGGGGACAACCCUGGGAACAACACCUGGAACAACGCCAGGAACGACACCCAGAACAACACCUGUGACAACGCCAGAUACAACACCUGGAACA